GGGACCCAUUUUAUCUUUAGCCGAUGAUAGUCACCUUAUUCUCCCCGCAACUAAAAGCACGAUCCCAUCUUUUCCUUACAGAGCAGCACCCCUUGUUUCUCUCUCACGUUGUUCUUAGUGUGUGUGUGUGUGUGUAUAUACCAUUGCUGCUUUUGUCGAUUCCCGAAAACCACGCGCCUGAUUCAACCGCAGCCCAAUAUCCCGUGUAUCACGCCCCCCUCGUCAAAAGCAAAAAAGGAAAAAAGAAAUUCGUGUUGUUGGGUUCGUUCCCUUUGCCUUUGAUAAAUAGUGAAAGACUUAGAGAAAAAGGAAAAUGUCGAUCUCUGUGUAACGGCUACUUUUGGCGGUGUUGUUGAAGAAGUGAAGACUGAGAAAAAAAAAAGGGGAAAUAGAAGGGUUGGUUUGGUUCAGUUUUGAAAGGAAAGCUGAAGAAAUGGAUUACAACAAUGAUCACAAUACAAGAAGUCCUUGGGAUUGGCAUGCGGAGAAUUAUGGUGUUCAAAAGAACUCUGAUUCUGAUGCAUCCCAAGGUGUAUGGACUCCGAUGACCCUGAAUGAGGAAGACCUUUCCUACAUGUUCAAUGAAACGACCCCUGUUAAGGAAUGUGGUGAUCUCUCAUACCAUUAUACUUGUAAUGAUGAUAUUAGCAAGGAAACUGAGGAUACGAGGGAGACCUCUUCUCGACUUAAAAGACGUAGAGUGCUUCAAUUCGACACUUUUGAAGUAGAUUCUUCCCUUUUCUGUGAUGAAAUGCCAUCUACGUUUCUAAAAUCAAGAGAGAGGGAUGAGUUGCUGGCAGAGGUUUUACCUGAUGCGUCUCAGCGGGUUGCUGGAUUUUCAGAGGAUGCAUCGGCUUUCAGUUAUGAGGGCUUAGAUCAGUUGUGUGAAGGGUGGCUUGCUGAAUAUUUCAACGAUGCGGAGAUGCUUCUUAGCUCUAAUGAUAUGAACCUUAACACCUCAUCUGACAUUCAAAUCGAUAUUUCGGAGUAUUUCAAUGCCCAACCUGAGUCUGGCCCCGAUGCUGUUCAAAAACAGGCAACUCAAACCCCUCAAAAUGUUGUUUUCAAAGGUAGGAAGUCAUUCAUAUGUCCGCCCACUAAACUGCCAUCUUCAAUUGCCUACCCAUUUGCUUUCAUUAAACCCUGCGGUUUCCACGGAGACGUGACCCUCAAGGAUAUAAACCAGCGAAUCCAAACACCCCCACCGUCAAAACCGAAACAAAGCAACGAAGAUCUACCGACUUCAGCUUUUUCCGGGAAGCUUGUCGUUGGCAAAACUAAAAUACGUACCGAAGGUGGUAAAGGCAGUAUCACGAUUAUGAGAACCAAAGGAUAAGUAUUCGCGGCCCUUUCCAGCCCCCUCUCGAUUAUGGUGGUUGAUCAUCUCUCUGGUUAUUGCUGACUCUGACUAGCAUAGAAUCUGAUACAGGGUACAUGUUGAUGAUAUAUAUAUAGUUUACUUGUAGUGGAAGCAUAAGGUUUUACAUUAGUAUAUGAAUGUGUAAAUGUUAGCAUUACAACUUAUACCGCCUUACCUCUUUUGUCGGUCCCAUAUUUCAACAUUGCUCAUUCCAUUUUUUUAUAAUUUUUCUCACGUAGCUAAAAGGGUUUUUCAAAA